GUACCUAACCUCUUUUUAAACAUCCAAAAAAUAUUUUUUAAAUUUUUGUUUACUUUUAAACUACUUUAAAUUAGAAGUUUGACUUCAAUGAUAAAAUAUUUACUGGACCCUGAACUCAUGAAUUAUUUUAAUAGUUUUUAGAUCAAAUGAAAAAAACAACACGGAAGUUCAAAAUCUUUGAUUUCAAACCCCAUGAAACCUUGAACACUAUAGAGUCAAAACCUCGUUCUCAUAUAUACACAAGCUUUCAAUAAAACGCAUCAAUAAACCUCUAAGAAAAUAUAAAUACAAAUGUUUCCAAAUACACCAAAGCCAAUAAAAAAAAAAAACUACAGGUGAACAAAUAUAAUAAACUUCUCUUUUAUUUGUCUUUUUCAUCAAUACAAAGCCUAUAUAGUAUGCACCAACUCUCCCAUUCCUCCAUAUUUAUUUUUUUUUUAAUUUCAUUAUCUUAUCGACAGUUUUCUUCUUUCGAAAAUCAGACUUUUUUUAAUCUAAAAAUAAAAUUUUCGGAACAUUUGCAAAACAUCCCAAACGGAGCGCGCAUCAGAGAUACAAAAACAGAGAGCAAGCAAAAAAGUGAGUAUUUCCACGUUCUAAACAGAUGACUGAGUUCUCCAAGCAGCCAUAUCCACCACACAGGCCAGCCAGUUUAUUUGUUUUUGUUUUCGGCUUUUUCUUCUUUUUUUCAUUCAAUUUUUCAACUCCUAGUCGAAACAAUUAAACGUUCGUUUUUCCACCUCCAAUUUUGAAAAUCUUAGUGCGUAUGGUACCAGCGAACAGAAACGGUCUUUCUCAAAUAAAUUUUCCUUAGCACCGACGCGAAGCGGUUGUGGUCUUUCGAAAUUAUAUUCAAACGAAUCAGUUUUUGUUUCUAUGCAAUACAAAAAAUGUUCAAAAAUAUGGUCCCCGGUGUGUGACAGUGAAAUUUAUCGAAAGAUUUAUUUGUGAAUUUUUUUUUCUUUUGAUUCCAAAAUGCGCAGAAUGAAAAUUUAGCGAAAAAGCAAGAGAAAAAGUGAUUUUACGAGAAAUUUAGUAAAUUUUGUGCAUUUUUCUACAAAAAAAAAAAAAUUGAAGGAAAUAAAUAAAAAAGCAAAAGUUAAUAACCCUGAACCGCACGAAAAGUGUGCAACUUAAAAAACUAUUAAUUAUUUGAAAGAUACAAAAAAAAGAAUAUCAUUUAUUUUUCUAACCCAAAAAAAUUGAAACAAGUGUAACCUUGGUUAUUGUUUUGACAAGGAGUCAACAUUCGAAGUGGAGGUCUCAUAAACAAUUCAUCGACAUACAUCGAAAACGGCCCUGAGGCCGGCCGUCGUUCGAAGUGCAAAUCGGCACAUUAACUUUGUGUUUGUGUUCGAAAAAAAAAAAUUAAUAAAAAUAAAAUUUUUCAAUUGCCAUGAUGAAACACGAGAGUGUAAUGACUUCAACAGCUCUCCCCAUCGAAAUGCCUCUAACAGCGGCAUCCAAACGCCAUAACCACGACAUGAUACGAUGUAUCAAUGACGUGUGGCAUAGUAAAAAAGUCAAUACAUCCGGUGUGGCAGCUAGUUCACCAAAAAGACCCAUCAUAAAAGCCUUUGACUUCCUGCCUUGGUCCCGAAGUAGGAGGCAACAGCAUUUAGCUGCCACCACCGUCGAAAAGAACGACGAGAUAAAAAAAGACCCCUCCAACAAUACCCACUACCAAAAGAACAUAUUCCGCAAUGGGGGUGGAAUAAUUCGGGACAUUUUGACUGACAGGCUUAACAAAGACCGUGCCAGAGACAGCAGUCUCGGUCGGUUGGACAUGAAACGCGUCCAAAAGAAAUCCAAACAACUAUCGAGGAAUAAAAGCCUUGACAUUAAUGAACUGAUUGACACGGUUGAGAAUGAGCUGGCGGCAGAAAAGAAACAGGAUGUCCGCAAUCGAUUCAUGGACGAUACCUUCAUUGAAAAUAUUAUUCGAGCUAAAUCCGAAGAGAAUGAGAAUAGUGGAAGGACGACUUCCACGGAAGUUGGGCAUUCCGAGAAACCCAGUAACGGAAAGCACAUUCUGUUUAACGACGAGAAUGUCGUCUAUCUGAUAAAUGAUGAAGUUCGUUCCAGCAAACGCCCCGGGAGAAGUACAUCGAAAAAAGAUGACAACCAUAGAAGCUCUAGCAAGUCAAGAGGGAGUAGCAGCCCCCGGCCAUCGAGCAUGAUAGAAGAAGGCACGAGUAUUGUGAAGGGACGUCUGAGGUUUAAGAAAUUAUCCCAGGAAGAGAAGACUACUACAACUACAACAAUGGUGUCAUCAGCAACAAGCAACAGCAGCAGGAGGAAAACAACAACAAUUGUGGGUGGAAUCCCUCCAGCAUCACCGUCUUCAUUGUCAACUUCAUCGUCGUCGUCGGCAUCAACAGCUGUGGCAGCAGAUAGUGCUGGUGGAAAAAGAGGGAUCCUUCAUAGGCAGAAUACAAGUCCAAAUGUCAUUGUGUCACUUGCCCCAACAACAACAACAACCAGCCCCAACCAACAACAAGAGUACGGAUCGCAAAUCCUUCGACGAAGAAAGUCCUUCAAUGAAAUAAACUUUGAAAACAAUAGCAGUUCGAGCAGUUUAGGUGUUGGGGGUGGCCUUGAGGGUGGCGUGACUGAUGACAGACCCAAAUCCGAUAAGCCACGAAAAAAGCUCUCAUUUCGGGAGCCAGUGGUUGCGCCUCGAUGUGCUGAACGACGGAUAAGCACACCAAUACAACAACAACAACAUCAGCAACAACAGCAAUAUAAAAAUCCUGAGGAUACAUCGAGUAAGGUUUUUGACAAUAAGUAUGCCGCUGUCAACAGCAAUGUUGGCGGGAAUGGCGGCACAGUAUCGAAUGGCAAUGGCAUUAGCGGCUUUAGUGAUGUUGAUUCAGAGUCACAUGCUAUGCGUAUUGUUAGGACCGUAGGACAAGCAUUCGAAGUAUGUCACAAAUUUAACCUUCAUAAGAAUUCCUUAGAUAAUAACGAAGAACGAUCAGACGCAUCGUCUGAUUUAUUAGAUAUCGAACAUACAUCAGAGCAAUUAAGUGAUGAGGAUUUAUCCAAAAAAGAUCAAAUCGGAGUCACGCCUGAUAUAAGCCCGCCACAAAGACCUAAUCAUCUAGAAUUAACGUCUCAAAUGAGCAGUGCCAAUCAAAAAUCACCUUGUGUACUCACUGACGAGGAGAAAUCGCCAUCAUCACCCAUAUCGCCCAGCAGGGAAAUCAACAAACUCAAGGAUCAAUUAGAACAACAAGCGAUGCAAACACGACAAGCUCUGGCACAAUUGAUGCUCGUCCGAGAGCAGUUGAUAUCUGAAACGAAUGCAAGAAUUGAAGCUCAGGCUCGUACCCAACAAUUGCUUCAGCAAAAUAGAGAAUUAUUAGAGCACCUGGCAUCAUUGGGGGCGUAUACGGAUCCACAAGCCACAACUGGACUAACAUCCGCCAAUAUAGCUCUGGCACCCCAGUCACAACUGCAGAUGCUUUUCCAAGAACCAGCUGAUUUAUCUGUUGCAUUGAGAAAAGCAGUUCUAGCAUCAUCGAAUAAUAACAACCUGGCAACCAUAAAUCAGCAAAUAAACAGUUUGGGAUCAAUUAAUCAGCAACUGACAACGUUAAGUCAUCAGUUAAGUGGGCUUAAUCAGCAGAGUCAGAAUUUGCAGAAUUUUCAAAAUAUCAGUGCCACAUUGCAGCAACAACAACAACAGCACCAACAACAACAACAGCAACAGUUAACACCACCACAUCAACAACAACAACAACAACAACUUAAUCAGUCUUCCUUACAUCUGAGUAGUCCUCCAGUAUCGCAGCCAUCUGGCGGCAGUCCGAUUCCACCAAUGAAUGCACUUCAGAGUCUAAGCAACCAAUUCACAAACAUAUCCGCUCAGGGCAACCAAGAUAUGCUCUCCAAAGAGCUUUUUCAAAUGAACCAAGAGCUUUUGAACCGCCUACAAACUUUAAAUCUUGGUCCUGGUAACAAUGUUACCAAUCCGGGAGGUUUAAAUGGAGCUGGAGCCAUUGGCAACAGUAAUUCCCCACACAACUCGUUCUUCUAUGUCAACCCAAUGUCCUGCAGUCCGAACAACAACAGUCCCUUUAAUUUUUUAAGUACCCCCAGUUCCCUUGGUAACCUAACUCCAUCACCAAUGGGAACAAUGAACCGAAAUUCCUACUCAAACAGCCCGAUCAAUGAUGACCUAGGCCUUAGCAUAGACAAGAACCUAAAUAGACUUGAAGAUAACCACAACAAUUUUAUGAAAUCCGCAGGGGCUUCCAAUGGUAAUUUGACUGGGGCGAGUGGAAGUGGGAAUAGUAACCUCGAGAGUAGUCGAUCUUCAGCCGAGGCAUCAACCUCCUCAUCGCCGAACAGAACCAAUGAACAGCGAUUUAACACUGUGAUGCUAAAAGUCACCGAUGAGUCGGGGAAUGUUACGAAUCAGCGGAAACUGUCGGCGACACCGAGUUUUAUUACACGAAGCACAAGUGAAAAAGUACCAAAUCGAAGUCAAAUGAUGAGUCAAGUUCAAAGAACGGCUUGGGCGAGACAUACGACCAAAUAAGAAAAUAUAUUGAUUUAAGUAUUAUUUUUUAGAACAAAAAAAAAAAAAAAACGCGAUUGAUACUCACAGAAUAGAGUUUGUUGGUGGUGUUGAAAAUUCACUGAAUUCUCUGACAGUAUUAACACAAAAAAUAUGAUGAAUUUUCAAAAACGGUUUUGAAAGCCUAGACAAAAAGUUAUAUAGGAAUCCAAGUUCUACCAACGACUUUUUCAGUGAAUUCAACGUGGGAGGAGUUUAAGUUAUUAAAAUUAAAGUGUACCUAUAAAUUACACUCAUCAUAUCUUUUAGAUUUUAGUAUUAAUUUUAAGGUUAAAUUAAAUAAAUUGCCCGACUGCAUUGAGAUGAAUUAAGCCAAAUAAAAAAAAAAAUCAAGCGCUCAAAAUAUUUAAAAUAUAUAUAAACAAUUAUUAUAACAACUAUAGCCAACGCCAAAGCAACAAUUUUUAUUUUUAUUUUAAUUUAAGAUUUAAUUUUUGUAUAUAAAACGAAUAAUUUUAGAAAAAUAAAAACAAAACGCGUCUUAUUGAUUACCUGGACUAUAAUAUCGAAAUAUAUAUAUUUUUUUUUUGUUUUAAUUU